UGUUUGAAGUUUUCUGGCUCGGUGCAGUAUAACCUAAAAUCGUCGGCUUUUGAGGUUAAAAUCUCAUGUUUUUAUUAAUUCUUAAGUGAAAAUAGUGUUUAUAUUUAGUGUUAUAUGUGUCAAUUUAUAUAAAAGUUAUAUUGUGAGCUAACUUUUGGGUCUCCGCGGCCCGCGUGCGCGCGUUUGCGUCAAAGCUAUUUUUAUCUCGGUGUAAAUAAAACUUUGUUUAUUUGUUAUUAUCGUUACUGUUAGGUUAAUCAUUAUCUUCUAUAGCAAUAAUAGUAGCCAUAAUUAGGUAGUAGGCUUAUAGUUAAAUUUAAAUGAUAAAGUUUAUUAAAAAUAUAGCUAUUAGAGCAAUUAGUUUAAAGUUGAAGUUGUCCGUUACUCGUUCAAGUUUUUUAAAUAAGUUAGCUAUGACAAGUGAGGAGUUAAAAAAGAAAAGUAGUUUGAUUUUGGAUCACGAGCCUGUUAAAAAAGUUAAGAUGGAAAGUGAUGAUGAGAAGACAGUAAUGCAAAGAACAGUGGCGACUAUGUGUGGGGCCUGGCGGCCAGAGGAAGAAUAUGGCGGACUGAUUUUUGUCUUCAAGACAAGGGAAGCCUGCCUCAGCCCUGACCCAACCAAUGAGGCUGACUAUCCGGAGAACAUUAAGGAUUUCUGGGAGGCAACUUUUCAAAACAGCGAUGAUGAACAGGGAGAAAAAGACAACGGCAAAAACUGCAUCCUCUCGUGUGAGAAAAGGAAAGCUGACGACACAGAUAUCAAUAAGGACCUAAAAAAGGCGAAGUUGGAAACAAAAGCUUUGAAAGCAAAAAGGCCCGGCUUCACAGAUGACCGGUACAACGAGACAUCUUACUAUAUUGAAAAUGGUCUCAGGAAAGUCUACCCCUAUUACUUCACGUUCACAACAUUCACCAAAGGCCGGUGGGUCGGAGAGAAGAUCCUCGACGUCUUCGCCAGAGAGUUCAGGGCGCAUCCCGCAGCAGAAUACGAGAGAUGCAUCAGGGCUGGCACACUCACCGUCAACUACGAAAGAGUUGAUCCCGACUACAGACUUAAACACAACGAUCUACUCGCAAACGUUGUCCAUAGGCACGAGACUCCAGUGCUCGCUAGUCCCUUGCGCAUCAUACACGUGGAUGAAGAGCUUCUCGUGCUCGACAAGCCUUGCUCGCUGCCGGUGCAUCCAUGCGGAAGAUACCGGCACAACACAGUCGUUUUUAUUCUCGCAAAAGAGUACAACUUGAAAAACUUGAGGACCAUUCACAGGCUGGACAGGCUGACGUCAGGUCUUCUGCUAUUCGGAAGGAGUCCAAAGAAGGCGCGGCAAAUGGAACACCAGAUCAGGAACAGACAAGUACAGAAGGAGUAUGUCUGCAGGGUGGAUGGGAUGUUCCCUGACGACGAAAUAGAAUGCCAAGAGCCAAUAGAGGUGGUCAGUUACAAGAUCGGAGUCUGCAAAGUGUCUCCGAAGGGCAAGGACUGCUCGACGGUGUUCAAGCGACUGGGUUUCAACACCAACAGCAACACAAGCGUGGUGCUGUGCAAGCCGAAGACAGGGAGGAUGCACCAGAUCAGAGUGCACCUGCAGUACUUGGGUUACCCUGUUGUAAACGAUCCUCUAUACAACCACCCAGUGUUUGGACCUCUCCGAGGUAAAGGGGGGGACACGGGCGGGAAGACGGACGAGCAACUGGUCAGAGACCUCAUCGCCAUACAUAAUGCUGAGAACUGGCUCGGGGUUGACGCCGCUGAUGAUGAUCUGUUGUUCUCCAAGCCGGUGCCAGAUGAUAAAGUUGGAGAAGACGACUGUGACACGGGACCAGCUUCGAGGGAAUCUUCACCGAGACUGGAGUCACCAGCUCCUGGUGUUACCCCAUCAUCUAUUAUGACCCCGACCCUCCCAAGUCCGUCAAGCGGGGCGGAGGCUCCCGUGGACAUGCGCUCGCCGGUGCCGUGCACUCUCGCACCCUCGCCCAUCGCCUCGCCGGUGCUGAACGAGGACUCCAACGACGCUAAGUCAGAGAAGGUGACAGUAGCCACGCAGACUGGCUGCACACCAGCAGCGACUGCCUCGGCGAGCGUGACGCCGAGCGGGUCCGGCAGCUGCUCGGCCAGCCUCGGGGAGCCUCUGACGUCAGACCCGCACUGCUACGAGUGCCGCGUGCGCUACAGGGACCCCAGGCCCAGGGACCUGGUUAUGUACCUACAUGCUUGGAAAUACAAGGGCCCCGGAUGGGAAUACGAGACGGAGCUGCCACAAUGGGCAAGCAUCGACUGGGAAGAACCAGAAAACUCAUAGUCACAGGAAUUGGCACCAUUGAAGAAGCGCCUCGCAACCUACCUGUCUUCAGAAACACAUUGAUUUCAACCAGCAUUCAAAAUUUUAAGUAACUAUCGAAUUAUUUGAAGAUUCACUUUAAGAUACUAUUGCGAUUUAUGACUUUUGUUAACAAACCAUUUUUGGCUAAUCAUCUUCAAAACGUCACUUCAAAAGGAGUUCAGUUUUUACUCACGAUCGCAAUUUUAAGGAUAUUGAACACCCCAAAUAUAUUUGGUUAUGGUAUCUAUAAUAUAUUGGAUCACAAAGAAUACUUUAUUUAAAAUAAAAAAAUCCAAGUUGAUUAAUUAAAUGUAUACCUAUUUACAAAACUUAAUUGGCUUUUCCAAUUGUUGAAUAUGUUAUUGUGUUUAAUGUUGCACAAAUAAACGUUUGUUCUUGUUCUACAAUUAUUGUUAAAAUUCUGUUAAUUUGUUAAUUACUGAAAUAUUGAAACCAAUUGUUGAUAUAGCAAAUUUUUAACCCGAUUUUUCAUCACACAGUUAAUUCAUAUUUCUUAGAAGGCAUACCAAAUCGCGAGGCGUAAACGACUUGGCUGUUUCGCAGUGCUCUAAAGUAAAUUAUGUAAUUAACAUAAGUGAGAAUUAGUCUAAGUAUACAAUUAUUUUAUCAAAGUUAAAAUCGCUGUUCUAAAAAAAUCUUUGAAUUUAGUCUACUUUAGAGCACAUAUCGUAUCCGUGGCGAUAUUUUUGUUUCAUUUUGUUAAAUAUUAUAUCAUUUUGUCUGUUCAGUUCCUAUCGGCCUAAAGAAUGGUCAAGCUUGUUAGUGACGUAGUUAUCGUAAGGGAAUGUAACAAUUUGUAAUAUGUACCAUUAAAAUAGUAAUAUUGCUUAAACGAGGCAGGGUCAGUACCACAAUCAUAAAUGAAUUAUAUUAAAAUGAUAAUCAUUUUGAAAUGAACGAACACUUAUGGGAUAGCUCUUCUAAAUCUUACGGAAUUUAGACACUUAAUGACCCGCCAAAAGUGAUUUUAUUUGUGACUGGUGUUUUAGUCAUUUUUGACAAAAUGUAUUUUAGUCACUUUUGGCAAAAUGUAUUUUAGUCAUCUGUGACAACAUGGAGUCAUUUUAAAGAUGCAUCUUUGAUGUAAACGUAUAAUUUGAGUCGUUUUUAAAAUAACCUUUGGGAGGGUUGAAAUAUUUUAUUUCAAUCGAAUCUUGGACCACUGCUAUAUUUUCUUAUUAUCUUGAAAAAGGAGGAAAAAUAGGACCACUGUUUAAUAGAAAAGCUAUCUCUAAUAUUAGAUGCGUACGUUUACGAUAAAUGCAUAGGUAAAUUAAAAAUUAAUACGCAUUUUUGUAGGCGGUUGUUUAGAAACGCCGCCAUUUUGGCUUCCAUAAUUUUGACGUAGUAUUUUAAAAUAUUUGGAGAUUAAACAGUAAAAUUUUGUACUUUACAUACAUCAAGGAUUUUGAAGUUCAUUACUGACGAUAAAGGCCAGUUGUGAUAUGCAUUUAAUGUAUCAAUAAUUUAAUUAUUAUCAACCAUCAGAAAAAGACAGCGUUGAAAACGAUUUUUUAUGUUAUACAUGACUGACAAUAAAGACAGUUGUGGCAUUCAGUCAGUUCAAAGCAGCAGAUUCUAAAGACAUGUAAAAUUCAAUUGUUUUUUUUUCUCUUUUUAGGUUUUCGAGUGUGUAGUAUUAAGUAAAGGGCAUACAGUUUUGGUUUUUAAUCUUUUUAAAGUAAUUAGUUUUGAGGUUCUUCUUAAAUCUUGAAUUCGAAUUAUGAACUGGCAAGAAAAUGGAAAGACAGUUGACAUAAGACUCGUGAAGCAAGAAAAAGUACAGUUUUCUUGUCAGUUCAAUUCUAAUAAUUGAUCUGUCACUUCAAUUGGAUUGUUUUGGUUUUAAAAGUUAAACGCGGGAACGUGUAUGAUCGUUUGAAUAUUUAUUAGUGUAUUGUAGUAUUAAAUAUGUAAAAGACAUUUUCUUGUGAAACGCCGUUUUUUAUGCGAUACUUAUUCUUUCUUCGAUAUUUUAAUGUUGAAUGUCGUUAUUGCACUAUAAUAGAUUUUUUGGGAUGAAUAUUCGUAGAAUUAAAAAGCAUCGCAUAGAAAAUAGCCCUAAUAUACUCUCACGAGCUUUCGUAAAUUAGUUCAAAUUAAAAAAAAAACUAUUUUUCUUACUUCUAGCGUAGAAAUAGCGAGCGAUAUACAUUGUUUUUGUUAUGUGUUACGAAAUUGCUAAUGAUCAUGGAAUUAAUGGCUUAACCGUGUGUUAGUUCUAGUUACAAUAAAUGAAGCCCUGUUACAUUGACUUAUAAUGAAUUAGAAGAAAUUUAUUAGUAUUAAAUGUACAUUUUAAGGCUUGGUCACACUGAGUUACAAUACAUGACAGUUAAUGUAUUUUUUUUCUUGAUUGUUCUGACAGGGAUAGGCCCACCUACUUUCUGAAAACCUUACCCAAACUAUUCCCGAAUAAAUACAUGAUUUUUCACUAAGUUUAGUGUUAAUAAGACCUUUUCUACUUGUUUUUAUCUUCCAUUGUUCUAUAUCAUGGCAAUUUCACUGUUAUUGCUAUCAGCUACUGUACAUAGGCUGACUGUUAAUCUGUGCUCCGUUCUAGCUUUAUCAUGCUGGCAAAUCAUUAUCUGUUUUGGGAACAAAACCAUUGAUUGAAUAAAUAUAAGAGAUUUCAUGUUUGCAAGAAAAAGUAUAAAAAAAAUAUACAGUCAAACAAAAUACCUCUAUUUUAGUUCAAUAAUCCAAAUAUAUGUGUUUUAAUUUUUAUAUAAUAUAGACAUGUAAAAUACGGUAGUAUGUACAAAAUAAAAUAUUGUCUGUGGCAUAUCACCUAGGAACCACCUACCAAAAUUUGUUUGACUUGUUGAUUGCAAGAAAAAGUACCACUUUUUAUUAAUUCCAUUUUUCAAGAAAAAAAUGUAUUCUAUUUGAUCUUGUCUAAUCAUUUAUUUAUAAAAAACCGGAAAUUACCCUUUUUAGUACAGGUUUUAUGACCACAAUCAACAUGUCAAAUAUAUUUUCCCCGAAAGUAUAUUGUUGUAUUUUUAUAUAGUACGUAAGACCCGUUUAUAAUAUAUAAUCUGUUACACUUUAGUGAAUUACAGAACGAUAUUGAGCUUGAUGUAAGGCUGGCGACGAGUUGCGAUUUUCUUUAAACAAUUGUACACACGUGCGACUUUUCAGUCGCAACCCUAUCUUGAAAUAAAAAUUUAAUUUAACUUCGCUUUUCAGUGAUCUAGGUUACAACCUCUUUUGUUCGUCGCGCUGUCGAUUCAUUUAUUUAUAAGAAAAAUUUCAUGUGCCUUCUCAAAAUAAUGGUAAAAAAAUAAAGAUAAAUGUAAAAUGAAAAGUAAAAUGUUUUUAAUUACAGUUACAUAUAAUUGUUACACUUUUAACAUAAGUAGUGUUACAUUUGGCACUAAUGAGCUUGUUUUGUAAAAUACUGAGAGAGGGCAACACAGGAUACGAACUUAAAAAUCUUAUUUUUAAAUUUGGCAGAAAAUAUUCAUCCAAUUUAAAUAAACCUAGUUAAUUGAAUUAUUUUAAUUUAUUCAAAUUUAGAAUACAUUGUACUGUUGUCCUCGACUCGGUUCAAACAGCUCGUGUUAGGCACAAUUUUGCAAAAAUAUCAAUGUUUGUGAUUAUAUUUUGCAUAAUUUAUUUUUUAAUAAUUGUUUUUUCUUCUGUUUUUUUUUUACUAAUUAAUUAGUGUUGUCAUUGUGGGUAUAGUAACGUCGUGCCAUAAACAAUGGCUCUCGUUUCAUUAUGCGUUGUAUUAUAAUUUGAACGAUGACAAAAUGAAAGACAAUUUGUUAAUUUAAUAAGUAUUUCAUAAUUAAGAAUAUAAUAGUGUUUCCUUCUUUAGAUUCGUGUUAUAAGAAUUCAUGUUUCCACUUAAAUUUAAUUAGAAUAAAAAUCAUCAUUGAAAA